AUGCAAUGUAAAAUUCAUCCCCUGCUUAGAUUACAUCAACCACCACUCUUUCUCCACCAUCCACAAGACCAAAUCCGUAAAACUUGAGAGUCCUUCUCUGUUCAUUUCCCUCCCAAAUCAAAAUCUCUUCAACCCUUUUUCCUCCAAAGAUUCUCCCCCUCUCCCUAAUCUGACUUGUGUGAUCUGUAUCUCUCACAUCCACAAAUGUUUUUAUCAAAGCAUGGCCAUAGAUUCUUCAAAUUUAGAAGCUCAAUUUCAUGCCCAUGUCUUUUAUAUGGUCCUUUCAUUUUCUAAGAGCUUUUUCAUCCUUGUCAAAAUCUCUUGGUCCACAAGUAUCUUCAACCACAGCACUCAUUAGCCUUUUGGCUCAUAAAACACAAUCUGUGGUGUGACCUUAUUGCGGGACAACACAACACAUCAAUUACUACUAUUCUUCCUUAAUCCAUACAAAACAGUUAUCUUUGUCUCCCUUCGUAUAUCCCUCACAAAAAUAUCUCAAAAGAGUGGCAUCUCUUAUUCUCUAUUUUAAGUUCUUCAUCUUCUAAAGAUUGUUGACAUCUGACACCAAUGGUUAAGAAACACUUCUACGAGCUUUCAUGUGGGGUUGUUGAAAUGGCUUGGGUUAUGCUUAGUGUUGAUUACUCAAGGCUCUUGUGGCAAUUGUUUGGUGUCUUCUCCUAUGAGAAUCAUGAGUGGAAGCCACGGAUCAUCUAGCACACAUGCACCUUUGGUUGAUUAAGAUAAUUUCAUAUAAUAUGUUGUUUUAAUUUGUUGCUAAAUUUUCAACCCUCGUAUUUGUAAGUCUAUAUAAUACACGUGCCGGUUAAGUCAGAAUUGUGGUCAGUAAUCGAGCCAUGUACAAGGGGAGAUUAGGAGGCAAAGCUCAGCUUGGAUAUGUUGAAACUGACCCAUCUGGUCGAUAUGGACGUUUCAGGGAUAUUCUAGGCAAAGGAGCAGUGAAGGUAGUGUAUAGGGCAUUUGAUGAGGUUCUAGGAAUAGAAGUGGCUUGGAACCAGGUCAAUCUUGGUGAUGUGUUUCAUUCACCAGACCAACUUCAGCGCCUUUAUUCAGAGGUUCAUCUCCUUAAGAACUUGGAACAUGAAUCAAUCAUGGCCUUCCAUGAUUCUUGGAUCGAUGCCCAUUGUAGAACCUUCAACUUCAUCACCGAAUUGUUCACCUCAGGCACCUUAAGAGAGUACAGAAAAAAGUACCAGCGAGUAGAUAUCAGAGCAGUGAAGAAUUGGGCACGCCAGAUUCUAAGUGGUUUGGAGUAUUUGCAUAGUCAUGAUCCUCCUGUGAUACACAGAGACCUAAAGUGUGAUAAUAUAUUCAUCAAUGGCCAUCUGGGGCAGGUCAAGAUUGGUGACUUAGGCCUUGCAGCCAUUCUUCGUGGCUCCCAACAUGCCCACAGUGUCAUUGGGACACCAGAAUUUAUGGCACCAGAAUUGUAUGAAGAGGAAUACAAUGAGCUGGUUGACGCUUACUCCUUUGGGAUGUGUAUGAUAGAAAUGUUUACUUCUGAAUUCCCAUACAGCGAGUGCUCCAACCCUGCUCAAAUAUACAAGAAAGUUACUUCGGGGAAGCUGCCAGAUGCAUUUUACAGAAUCCAUGACAAGGAAGCCCAGAGAUUUGUUGGAAAGUGUUUGGCAAAUGUCUCAGAGAGGUUGUCAGCAAAAGAGCUCUUGAUAGACCCAUUUUUGGCCACGGACCAACUUGUCUCGCCACUGCCUAGCCCAACCUUACCCAAGAAAAAUGGGUCCAUCAAUUUCACUACAUUAUUUGCCAAUGAGCAACCUCCAAUGAGGGACCAAGCAAAGGACACCCACAUGACCAUCACUGGGUCAAUAGAUGAAGAUGACACAGUUUUCCUUAAAGUACAGAUUCUUAACAAAAGUGGGGAAACAAGAAAUAUUUUCUUUCCAUUUGAUACCAUAAACGACACUUCCAUUGAUGUGGCAAUGGAAAUGGUUAAAGAACUGGAAAUUAGUGACUUGGAACCGUUGGAGAUUGCUGAAAUGAUAGAGGAGGAGAUAUCAGGUUUAGUCCCAACAGGGAGAGAUUGGGACACAUCCAAAUAUCAAAGACAGCAUAGUUUUAGGUAUGAAGAAGAGGAUGAUGUCGCUAACCACCAUCCUUUUUUCUCAUCAUCUUCUCCCUCUUCCUCCCAUGGUUCCUACAAGAAUAAUUCCCACCUUCGUGGAAACCAUUAUCCGUUUGCUCAAGAUUGGCCUCAUGAUGAUCUAUAUAUGAAUGAUGAUGCAAGCUCUCAAAGCUCAAUGAACUCCUCCAAGUGUUUCAAUUUCCAGUGCUGCGACUCAAGCAAUGGAGAUGAGCAUGUUCCUACUCCAGUAGUAGGAACAGAACCCUUUUGCUACUCUCCAAAAGCCAACAACAAGAGCACAAGAUUCUGUCCUAGAAAAGAGGUGGUGUUUGAGAAUGAUUUCACCAAACAAUUUUGCAACAUGAGAAUGGACUCUCACAGGUACCAUGGAUACCAUAGGCUAACAAGGAUUCAUUCCUAUGUUGAUGUGAAGAGACAGCAAAAUCAACGAUCAUUGAUAGAAGAGAUACACAAGAGGAGAAUGUUCAAAACUGUUGGUGCCAUUGAGAAUAUUGGGUUUCAGAAUCCAGAAGGAGGUGCACGUUUUUCUUAUUGAAGCUCCAUGGAUUCAGAAACUCCUUUUCGUUUUCUGUUUUUUCUACUUUUGGGUGUUUAUAUUAUUAUUUUCUUGCUUUAAUAAUGAAUUAUGAUGCCCGUGAAUAUUUGUAUACCAUACGGACACAUCUUAAUUGCACUUUAUUGUUAAGAACUUAUAAGUUGUAACAUAUUUUAAUCUAGGCUUAUGUUAAGAGUUGUUGUUUAC